UUCCUCUCUCUCACCCAUCUUCGUUUCCUCCACAUCUCACCGCAACAUCCCCCAAGGGUUUCAAGGGUUUUUCGCUCUCCUCUCUCAGAUUCCUUCAAUCUCUCCCCUUCCCUCAGAUUUGCUCGCUAAAUCUGGCCCCAAUGCGUUUGUUGGCGAAGCUCCAUCAGGGCAUGGAUUUAUUAUAUUUCGAAGUGAAAAGACAUAUAGCAUGAUGUACGCAGUUUAGUUUUAUAUGGUACAGAACAGUCUAAGUCACAACUUGUGACUUGAUAACUCAGAAGCUUUACCUAAACGGCUUCUCAAGGAGCUGAUCAUUAUAAACUUGCUGGACUAUAGUCUUCCUCGUUUUGGUACUUCUGGGUUGGGUAGGGGUGACAAAGAUCAGAAUCUCCACCUGGAAAUGGGUUCAUUUACGGGUACUUCUGAAAUUGUUGAAGCAACAGACGAGCUGACUACAGGUCAAUUUUCUCUUGGAAUAGGUAGACCAAAUUCUGGAUUUAGUAGGGGUGACAGAGAUCGGAAGCCUCCUGUUCUAAAACUGGGAUACAAGGAUUCUCUAGAAGAUGAUAUUAAUAAGCUCUUCGAGGCAAUCAAUCUCAAAGCUUCAUCCAAGGGUUCAGAUAAUUCGAAGCAAGCUGGCACUAGCCCUUUAUAUAAGAAUGCCUUGAAGAAGCCAAUUACAGUGGGUGUGUCUCGCUCACCAGGGAUUGGGAAUUCAGAGCCAGCAACUCUGAAGCAGGCGUUAAGGGAACUCUCUAUUACCAAGGCAUCAGAAAUGGCUGCUAUGAAGCGGUUAUCAAAAUUGACAAGUCCUUCAAGAGCCUCUGAAGCUGGGAGGAUCAAGACAUUGUACAAUGCAGUUGUAGUUGAAGCCAGUACAUCUGGCCCGUCCUCAAGUGAAAAUAGGGGAAAUAUGGUUGAGAUCUCUCUGGUGCCAGAAGAAAGCAUUUCAAAUACUUGUGAGAAUAUGCCUGAGGAUCCUCAAAUGGCCAAGAUGAAGUCAUCAAGCCAGAGUGCACAUUCUUCUCCUCGAUUUGCCAUCGGGAAAACAGAAAAUAAUUCUGGGAGCACAACAUUGCAAAAUGAAAGUACGUCCAUGCUAAGGACAGUUGGGGUGCAAACAAUACAGGCAGAACUGGGACAGACAGAGAAAAUUGAAUCUUCAAGUGACCAUAUUUCAGAACUUGCUGAAAACAUUCCUGCGAAAACCAUGUUACCGACAAAAAUAAAGGCGCAGCUGGGGAAGAAAGAGAAAGUUAAAUCUACAAGUGGUAACACUUCAGUAGUUCAAAAUGUUCCUGCAAAACCCAAGUUAGCAAGUAAGGUAUCAGCUGCAAAACCAGGGCGGAAAGUCAAGUUGCAUGCAGUACCUUCUUCAUCUAGUUUGGUCAAUGGCAAUACGACAAGCAAACUAUCCAGAAAUACUCUCCGCUCCGUAAGGCAGGAUUCAAGUUCUGUGGCCUGCAAUUCUAGUAAUUAUAAUGAAGUUGAUGCUGAUUUUGAUCCUUGCACAAGUCAGCUGGUUUGUGAGAGAUGCCAAUGUACAUUGAAAGGUGCUGGCAAACAAUCAAAUCAAGGUUCUUUGGUGCCCCAGUUUAACAGUCUUACCGCAGAAGUAAACUCAAGUAAUGUGCACACAGGUCCGAGUAAACCAGGCUUCACCUUAGACAGCAGUAAGACUGGCAAUACAGGGGGAGCUGACAUCAUGAAAGCAAAAAAGAACCCAAAAUCAAAAGAAAAAGGGGAGUUCUCCCAAAGCUCAAAAAGUAGCCAAGAGUAUAGUAGUAGUACAAGUUUGAGUGAUGAGAGCAAUAUGAGUGGGUCUAGUUGUAGCAAUAAGCCUCACAUGUCAAAGGAUGUGAGGUGGGAGGCCAUCCGUCACGUUCGGUUGCAGCAUGGAGUCCUGGGCUUGAGACACUUCAAUCUUUUGAAGAAGCUUGGUUGUGGAGACAUAGGAACUGUAUAUCUUGCUGAACUAAUUAGUACGAACUGCCUUUUUGCCAUAAAGGUAAUGGACAACGAGUUCUUGGCUAGAAGGAAGAAGAUGCCAAGGGCUCAGACUGAAAGAGAAAUACUGAGGAUGCUUGAUCAUCCUUUUCUCCCUACACUGUAUACCCAAUUCACAUCAGAUAAUCUGUCAUGUUUAGUUAUGGAGUAUUGUCCAGGUGGAGAUCUUCAUGUCCUUCGGCAGAAGCAGUCGGGAAGGUGUUUUUCUGAAGCAGCGACAAGGUUCUAUGUUGCUGAAGUUCUCCUUGCUUUGGAGUACUUGCACAUGCUUGGGGUAGUUUAUCGGGAUUUGAAACCAGAAAACAUUCUUGUGCGGGAAGAUGGUCACAUUAUGCUCACAGAUUUUGACCUGUCUCUAAGGUGCACUGUCAGUCCAACUCUUUUGAAAUCACCUUCAUGCGAUGCUGAUCGUGUAAAACUGUCUGGUCCAUGCACACAAUCUAGCUGCGCUGAGCCCUUCUGCAUGGAACCCUCCUGUGACGUCCCAUGCUUCAGCCCUAGGUUUUUACCUACUGCUGCAAAAACAAAGAAGUCCAAAAAUGACUCUGCAGCCCAAGUCAGAUCAUUGCCCCAGCUUGUGGCAGAGCCUACUGAUGCACGGUCCAAUUCCUUUGUUGGGACCCAUGAGUACUUGGCUCCUGAGAUCAUCAAAGGAGAGGGUCAUGGAGCUGCAGUUGAUUGGUGGACGUUUGGAAUCUUUCUUUACGAGCUUCUAUACGGCAGAACACCGUUUAAAGGCAUCAACAAUGAGGAAACAUUAGCCAAUGUGGUGUUGCAGAGCCUAAGGUUCCCGGAAGGUCCAAUUGUUAGUUUCCAGGCUAGGGAUCUCAUCAGAGGGCUGUUGGUAAAGGAGCCGGAGAAUCGGUUGGGAUCAGAGAAAGGGUCUGGUGAGAUUAAGCAACAUCCUUUCUUUGAGGGCCUGAAUUGGGCCCUAAUACGCUGUGCCAUCCCACCGGAACUGCCCGAGUUUUGUGAUUUUGAAGUUCCAGACAUGCCUGCUGCUCAGGAGAAUACCAAGUAUUUGGAGUUUAAAGCUACGGGAGACCACCUAGAGUUUGAGUUAUUUUAGAGGAAAAACCACUUUUUUUAGGAGAAGCUGUCUGCUUGUGUAUUAUAUUACCUCUUGAAAGACCUCCUCCUUUCCGGCUAUAACUCAUAUCUAGCUUUCUGUAUAUUAGUAGCAGUACAUACUCUCUUAAAUUGUCAGUAAUGGCUGCGCAUGUAUCAUAUCAGUUUCAAAAAAUUUGUACGACAGCCUCGCAUAUUAUUAGUUAUUAGUCUGUUCGGGAAUGCCCCAUGGCUAUACGAUUUAAUAAAAAA